AUGCCUCCUCGUAAAAAAAAACAAAAUGUACAAGAAUCCGUUACUAAAAAUAGUAAAAAACACCCACUUAACAAUAUAACAAACAAAUUGCAAACACGAUCUAGUACACGCAAGACUACUAAAGUAGGCUCGAAGACUACAAUAAUCCCUGUACAAUCUACCGACUUGUUUCCAAAGAAAAGACAGAAAAUAACUAAUCAGAACAUGGGUCAAUUGGUAGCCAAAAAUAUAAAUGUUCAAAAACAAGGCGAGCAAAUUGAAGAAAUUAUCAAAGAUAAUAGUGAUAAAGAAGAAAGUAGUACUACUUUCGAAGAAAAUAGUGACGAGGAAAAAAAUCAAGAAGAGGGAUCAGAUUUAAAAUCAACUUUAAACUAUGCAAUUAAUGAUAUUUUCGUCGAUGAUUCAAAUUUUUCUAAUGAAUUGUCAGAAAAUGAAUCUAAUAUAAUGACCGAUAUACCCUCAAUGACUAUACAAGAUAAUGAAAAUGAUUCUUGUCAACAUUAUCAACGAGAAAAAACGCUAGAGUUUCGAAAUCUAUCUAAUGAAUUCGAAAUUGCCUUAUGGAUAGCACAGCAUCCAAAAAUUCUAAAUUUGGCAACAAGUAUUCAAAAUGCGAUGGUAGCUGAUGUAGUAACGGGCAAAACCAAUAAGAAAAUAUCUUUACAUAAUGUUCAUUCAUUAUAUAAUCCUAUAUCAUUUGAACCUAGUUCUUCUGAGAUUAAUCAGCACAUUAAAUUUCAAUUGCAAGAAGAAUGCAAAGCACUUUUCCUUCGGACCAGAAACAACACGACUGAGCUAUACGAAGAGUUAAUUGUACAAGUGUGCAAAAUUUCAAAAACUGAUUCGCGUAUGGGAUCAUUAAUUAAAGACGUAUCUGGCUGGUAUGAUACAUAUCGAUAUAAAUUUCAUACGGGUAUCAUAAAGCUUGCAAAUGAGUUUUCCAUAACUCAUGAAUGGGAAGAACCUUCUAUAAAUGAAUUGGCCGAAUUUGUUACAGAAGAAGUAUGGCGACAAUUACUUUACCUACAUUUAAAAGCAACCGAUCAACUAAAACUCAAAAAAGAUAAGACAAUUAUUACAAAACUUGGUACUUUUGUAUGUCAAGUUAUCAAGGUGGUUCUUAUUGCUCAACGAUGUGAAAAAAAUACACGAAAUGUGAUAAGAAAAUGUGAUGAAUAUACCAUUGACUUGGCAAUUCCGACAAAACUAGGAAUAGUAAAAUUGUUGCCAGUUCGAGAACUUUUAGAUU